AUGAAAGGCGGUUCUCUCCAGAACGUAACCGUCACUCCCCUGGGGAAACAAGAGGAUGAGGUCGAGCAUUACGUGACGAAGAGAAUGGUGGGUGCCAGCGACGCAUGCUGGCGUCUUCUCGACUUUCCUGUGUCAAAGCUCGAGCCCACCGUUGAGUGUCUUCCCGUGCAUUUAGAGGGCAAACAAAGUGUUGUCUUUCGGCCGAGACAGCUCUCUGAUGCAGUCACUCAAGCAAGCUCCAAGCUUAUGGUCUACUUCAAUCGCCCGCACCAUGAAACUUUUGACAAUGUCACGUACCAGACAUUUUACGAGAAGUUCAUGGUGCACACUAAGCGCCCACGUACUGCGGAAUUGUACGAACACCCCGAUGGCCAUCACUUUGUAACGACUCGCCAGCGUGGUGAGAAGGUAUGUAGGUUGAUGUGGGUCUCUCCCAACCGAGGAGAACAAUACUACCUUCGUAUUCUACUUAUGUCUACACCUUGCCGUGGUUACGUUGAUCUUCUGGCUCGUGGCGGUCCUGGUUGCCGGACGUUUCAGGACGUAGCCCGCAAUCUCGGCCUGGUGGAAGACGAAGAAGAAUACAAUCACGCGCUGCGCGAGGCAUCUACGUUUAUGACUGGACCUAGGCUCCGUUCCUUCUUCGUGAUCCUCUGCAACAUGGGAGCUCCCGCUGCUCUUCUGUGGGAGUCUUUCAAGAACCACCUUAGCGAGGAUCACUUAGAAAGGAACCCUCUCGACCCUGAACUGGCGGUGAAACUUACCUUGAUAGACAUCGAUCGGAGCCUCCGCCAGCAGGGAUCGUGCUUGAAAGAUCAUGGACUCCCCUACGUCGAGGAUGACACGACUGAGUUAGGUAGAGAGCUACUCAACUACGGCGAGAACCUCCAGCGAACCAUCGUUGAGGACUGGGUGCCCAAACUCUCCCCAGACCAGCGCCGUGUGUUUGAGUACGUUCGCUCUCUGCUUCUCAACCCCCGUGACCGACGCACUUCUAGAAUCAUAUUUCUGGACGGUCCCGGGGGUUAUGGGAAGACCUCUCUGAUUCGUGUCAUCCUUGCGUAUGUCCGUGGUUGUCGACAGGUUGCACUCGCCGUGGCUAGCUCAGGGAUUGCUGCAAGGAACAUGGCUGGAGGAACAACAGCACAUAGCAUGUUCCGACUCCCUCUAGACCUAGGUCACGGCACAGGUGUGUGGAACAUCACCAACGGGUCCCAGCGAGCAGAACUCAUCAGAGCAGCACAGCUCAUUGUGUUUGAUGAGGCCCCGAUGGCACACCGCUACAUCUUCGAGAUGAUCGACAGAUCCCUCCGGGAUCUCAUGAAUAGUAGUGUGCCAUUCGGGAAUAAGAUCUUCAUCUGCUCCGGGGACUUCCGUCAGAUUGCGCCCGUCGUUGAGAAGGCUCGCACACCAGCUGAUGUCGCGUGCGUGUCACUUCGGGCGUCACAUCUGUGGCGACUGUUCACACUAUUUUCCCUGACGACACCCCAGAGAACUAGUGGUUCCAUUGACUACUCCAACUUCCUCCUUGGAGUAGGCAAUGGAACAAUAAAUCCUUUACUUUUUGGAGAAGGCCGCGAGAGAGAGUCUCUCAUUCCCCUCACUGGGGUGAGAUGCCUCACUUCUCUCGCGGACUUAAUAACGGAUGUGUUUCCUCCUGGUGUUCUGCGAGAUCCUGAUCUUUGUGCGAGACGGGCAAUACUCUCAACUCUGAAUGUGAACGUCAAGGAGAUCAACGGUCGCAUCCUAGACCUCAUGGACGGGCGCAUUCAUGAGUUGAGAAGCGCGGACACCGUGGACAGAGAAGACGACGACGGGCUGGAUGUGGACGUAAAUCUCCUCAACCAGGCCACUGGCAAAGGAGUGCCAGAUCACGUCCUGCGUCUCAAGGUCGGCUCCGUAUGCUUAAUCAUGAGAAACUUAAAUAUCGGUGAUGGACUCGUGAACGGCACCAAAGUCAUUGUGACGGCGAUCAGCAGCCGACUGAUCACCGUCAGACUUAUCGGCAACACGCAACCUAUCGGAAUUCCCCGGAUUACGUUCAGGUUCGCGUUUGCCGAAGGAUCGCCGCUCCGGGUUUGUCGCCGUCAGUUCCCCCUCAUGUUGGCGUACUGCAUGACUGGUCACAAGAGCCAAGGCCAGACAAUUGAGUACGUCGGAGUCGACCUGAGAACGGACUGCUUCACUCAUGGCCAGCUCUACGUCCUGUUGAGCAGAGUGAGACGUCCAGACGACAUCGUCGUUCUUGUACCAGACGACAGAAUAGUAGAAGGAGUCGCCUAUGCAAAGAAUAUUGUAUAUGACGAGCUCCUUCUAAACACUGAUUAA